AUGGCGAGAAAUCCCUUUGGCUCGCACGAGACCCUCCCUAGAAACCUCGACAACGAGCACAAGUUCGCCGAAUGGUUUCGUGUUGCCGAUAAAGAUGCUGAUGGAAAAUUGACAGGCGCCGAUGCAGUCAGAUUUUUUGAGCGGUCUGGGCUCCCUCGAGAUUUGUUGGCAAAGGUGUGGAGCCUCGCUGACAGCAGCAGGAGGGGCUACCUCGAUGUGAAGGGCUUCAGCAAGGCAAUGGACCUGAUAUCGGUCGCGCAGGAGACGGGCGAGGUCUCUGCCGAGGCAUACACACAGGCGUGGAACGAGGUCGGGGGCAUCUUGCCACCGCCCCAGAUGGUGGGCAUUGAGGAUCAGGCGUCCACGCCGUCCUCGAUGACCCCUGGGUCUGCGAGGAAGUCUGGCUGGGGCCGUUCCAGGACCACAAAGAAGUCUCGGCUGUCCACCGCGGAGUGCACCUCCAUCGUGGACGGCCUCAAACUCAUCUACUUCACCAAGAUCCGGCCUUUGGAAGAGAUGUACAAGUUUGGAGCUUUCUUCUCCUCCUAUCUGAACGAGAGCGACUUCUACGCCAAGCCAUCCGUUCUACUCCUCGGCCAGUACUCGACAGGCAAGACGACGUUCAUCAAGCACCUGCUGGGGCGGGAGUACCCGGGCAUCCACAUCGGGCCGGAGCCCACUACGGACCGAUUUGUGGUGGUCAUGCAUGGCCUGGAAGAGCGGCGCACGCCUGGCAACACUCUCAUCGUGCAGCCAGACAAGCCCUACCAGGGCCUGUCGCAGUACGGCAACGGCUUCCUGGCCAAGUUUGAGGCCGCGGCCUGUCCCAACCAGCUGCUGGAGGAGGUCACGCUGGUAGACACGCCUGGUGUGCUCUCCGGCGAGAAGCAGCGCAUCGAGCGCACGUACAAUUUCAUAGAGGUGUGCGGCUGGUUUGCUGCGCGCUGUGACCUCAUCCUGCUGCUCUUCGACCCUGCCAAGCUGGACAUCAGCGACGAGAUGAAGGAGGUGAUCCAGUCGCUGAAGGGCCACGAUGACAAGGUGAGAGUGGUGCUGAACAAGGCCGAUCAGGUGGACAUGCAGCAGCUCAUGCGCGUCUACGGCGCCCUCAUGUGGUCCCUCGGCAAAGUCUUCAAAUCCCCAGAGGUGUGCAAGGUGUACAUUGGCUCCUUCAACGCUGACAAGCCCAUCCGUACGGACCUCAACCCGGCCGGCCUGGAGCUGUUUGAGAAGGAGCAGGCCGACCUGCUGCAGGACCUCUUUGACAUCCCCCAGCGCGCAUGCGACCGCAAGGUGAACGAGUUUGUGAAGCGGGUGCGUGCGGCAAAGAUCCACACGCUCAUCAUCGGCCACCUGCGCAAGCAGAUGCCGGCCAUGAUGGGCAAGCAGAAGGCGCAGGAGAAGCUUCUGCGCGACCUGCCCACCCACUUCGCCCAUGUGCAACGCGAGCACCACCUGCCGGCAGGGGACUUUCCGGACGUGAACAGGUACCGGGAUAUCCUGGGCGGCUAUGACCUGUCCACCUUCCCCAAGCUCAAGGAGAAGGAUGUGAAGGCGCUGGAGGAUGCACUCUCCCUGGAUAUCCCCUCACUCGUCAAGCAGUUUGACAAUCCCUACGGGUGA